AUGGCGGACGGUGAUGAGGCCGAGCAGGACCAGCGCGCUCUGAGCCGCAGUCAGUCCGCCCUGCAGCUGCUCUGUAGCCGCCUGGAGGAGCUCCGCUCGGCGCUGAGAGACGGAGCAGAGCCGCAGCAGCACGAGGAGAGAACCGCCCAGUACUGCCGAGCUUUCUGUCAGUCGUUGGUGGAGUGUGUGAGCGUAUGGAGGACGGAAGAGGACCCCUGGGCUGUGUUGGAGAGUUACCGGUUGGCGCUGUUGAGUUUUGCGCAGGCAUCUGUGCACCUGUGGCCUGGGAGUGAGAACGUCAGUGUGGUUCUGGAGAGACUUUCACUGAGCUGUGUGGAGGUGCUGCUGUCAGUAGCUGACAGUUCUCCUGAUGUAUUGUGGGAACAGUUCCACUCCUCUGUACAGGCAGCUCAUGAGCAGCUGCAGCAGAAUGGCGUGUCUCAGCUGCGUCUGCUCUAUGCAGCCAGUCAGGAGAAAGGCAUGUGGAGCAACACCACGCUACAGAGCAUUCUCCGAAAUGAGACGCCUCCAGAGGAAAAAGUGCGUGAGUUUCUGGAGCGUGAAGGUCCGGAUCUGCUGCAGCUCAGAGUGAAGUUUCUGAUUAAAGAAAACAGGAUGGAGAAGGCGGCGCUGUUGGCUAAAGCCUGCGCUGAUUUUCCUGCUUUUGAGGGAAGUGGAACUCAUUUUAAACAGAGUUACCUGGUCUGCUUGUGCUCUUUCGCCCCUCAGGAGACACUGCUGGAUGAGUUAUCAAAGGUGGACUGUAGAGAUGCGCUGGAGAUGAUCUGUAAUCUGGAGGCGGACGGAGACGAGAGAGGAGCGUUUACACUCUGUUCAGGGUUCCUGACCCGGCAGCUCCUGCAGGAGGACUCGUACUGUGCCUGGGAACUGACUCUCUUCUGGAGUAAACUGCUGAAGAGGUUAGAAUCUUCAGAGCAGAGCUUUCUGGAAAGAUGUCAGAAGAUGUCGGUGCUUGCUAAAACUGUGGUCCACCUGCUAUUCUUCAUUAAAGUGAUCCAGUCCGAGCUGGACAAGACUGGAUUACCCACUUGCAUUGAGAUGUGCAUACGUGCCCUCCGUAUGGAGUCUUGCGAGGGGGCAAACAAGACCACCAUCUGCAAAACCAUCUCAUGCCUUUUGCCCUCUGAUCUGGAGAUAAAACGGGCCUGCCAGCUAACAGAGUUCCUCCUGGAGCCGACGUUGGAAUCGUAUUAUGCCGUGGAAACCCUGUACAACGAGCCAGACCAGAAGCUUGAGGAAGAGAACCUUCCAAUACCGAACUCUUUACGCUGCGAUGUUCUUCUCGUCUUUAAAACCCAGUGGCCCUUCGAUCCUGAAUUCUGGGACUGGAAAACGCUAAAACGCCAUUGCUUGGGGUUGAUGGGUGAGGAGGCAUCGAUUGUGUGUUCCAUCGAUGAGCUGAACGAUGAUCCUCUCGCAGGCAUGGACCUGGAGGAGUCUGGUUCGGCUCAUGAGGAGUUCAAGGACGUUUUCGAAUACUUUUUAGACACUACGAAUGAACUCAAUGAGAUCUCGGACCAGAAGCAGAAAAACCGGGAAGUGAAAAAGUUGAGAGAGAAAGGGUUCGUGUCUGCCAGGUUCAGAAACUGGCAAGCGUACAUGCAGUAUUGUGUUUUGUGCGAUAAGGAGUUUCUCGGCCAUAGAAUAGUGCGGCACGCACAGACUCACUUGAAGGACGGCCGGUACAGCUGUCCAAUUUGUACAGAGACGUUCGAGACGAGAGAGACUCUCGAGCCGCACGUCGCGCUGCAUGUCAAGCAGUCCUGCAAAGAGCGCCUGGCUUCCAUGAAAACCUUUAAGCAGUUAGCAAGUGCGAAAACUGAUGUGCCGGUUACAGCCAAAAGUGGAGAAAACCCAGCAAAAACGAAAGCAAAAACUGGCUAUGGAGGCGGUUUGAACAACAAGGGUGUGCUGGGUUCUCAGUCUGGUGUUGGAGUCAAUGGGAACGAGGGAAAUAUUUGCCCUGUUCCAAACUGCAGGAAGGGAUUCAAGUACUUCCGGAAUCUGAUCGCCCACGUUAAGGAUCACGGGGAGGUUGAAGAGGCGAAGCGCUUUCUUGAAAUGCAGAGCACAAAGAUCGUUUGUCAGUAUUGUCGCCGUCACUUUCUUAACGUCAAUCACCUCAACGACCACCUGCAGGUCCACUGUGACGCCAAGCCUUAUACCUGCAUUCAGCUAAACUGCAGAGCUAGCUUCGACACCAACGCUGAGCUGCUUGUGCACAGCAAAGAGCACCCGGUCUUCAAGGCCAAAUGCAUGUUUCCAGGCUGUGGAAAGGUGUUCAGCGAGGCUUAUAGACUCUAUGACCACGAGGCACAGCAUUACAAAACAUUCACCUGUAAAGUGCCUGGCUGUGGGAAGGUCUUUCAUACUCAGUCUCAGUUAGAUUUGCAUGAGGAGAGCCAUAAUGCUAAGCCGGAGGAACCACAGACCACCAAGGAAGGACAUACUCAUGAUUCAGACCCUCAACCAGACCAUUUCAGGCCAUCAAUUAAACAUGAGAUUGAGGAAGACAUUCUUCCAGGGCCUUCAGUAGGCAACUUUGAAACCAUGCCUACUGAUCACCUUUUGGGUCUGAUGAAAGUGAAACACUCUGUUAAGAACAUGCUUAAUGCAGGUAGUCUAGAUCCUACACAUGCGUUUGACCCAGGAACCCCUAGUACUGAACCACCUGGUCCAAGCCUUACGCUGCAGAGGAACCUGCAAAUGGAUAGCCAGCCAAUAGAACCUUCUGCAAACCCCAUGUACUCUCCUGCCAAUCCCAUCCACCCUCCGCCUAGCCCCAUCCACCCUCAUCCUGCCAACCCUAUGCACUCUCCCGCCAACUCCAUCCACCCUUCGGCCAGCUCCAUCCACCCUCAUCCUGCCAACCCUAUGCACUCUCCUGCCAACUUCAUUUACCCUCCGGCCAGCCCCAUCCACCCCUCCGUCAACCUCAGCCACCCUUCUGCCAACCCCAGCCACCCUUCUGCCAACCCAAUGCAAUCUCCCACCAACCUCAUGCACCAUUCUGCAAACCUUAUCCACCCUCCCGCCAACCCGAUUCACACUCCGACCAAACUCAACCACUCUCACGUCAAUCCCAUCCACCCCUCCGCCAACCCCAUGCAUCGUCUUACCAACCCCAUGCACCAUCCUGCCAAUCCCAUGCACCCUCCCGCCAAUCCCAUGCAAUCCCCCGCCAGCCCCCUUCACCCUCCUGCCAACCCCAUCCUUCAUCCUCCGGUCAGCCCCCUUCACCCGCCGAUCAGCCCUCAUCACCCUCCCGCCAACCCCAUCCUUCCUCCAGCCAAUCCCAUCCACCAUCCUGCCAGUCUGAUACAUCCUCCUGCCAAUCCAUUACAAUCUUCAAUCAAUCGUCCAAUGCCUCACCUGAAUGAACCUAAACAAGAGGAUUCCUUGUUGGAUGUCUUAAUGAGUGACCCAAUGCUUUCUCCACCAUGCCUUGUUCCUCCAGCGCCCUCUUAUCAAAGCAUUCUUGAGGACUUGCAGCCCGUACCCUCAGGAGAUGUUUUACAAGCUCAAAUGCAGACGGCUGUUGCUCAAGGUCAUACCCAGCCGCUGUACAAUAAUGAAACUUCUGCAUACGGACAAUAUGAUUCAAACCCCAUGUCCCAGAUUCAAGCUCCGUACCAAGUUCAGUACAGUAAUAACGUUGUACCUGUAACACACACUGCUCAUAAUGUGGCACCAGUAUUACCAGUGUCGCAAAGGCUUCCUCCACAAGUCACUCCCUUUCCUGUCAACAGACAGGUCUCGGAGAGCAGACCAGUACAGCCAGUGCAGUCAAACACUGGGCCGGUUGCAGAGGAAAAAGAGAGAUAUAAAUGUGCUUAUGAAACCUGUUCUCGUGACUACAGCAAUUAUAGGAGUCUAACCAAGCACAUGAAAGCUGCUCACUGUGAUUUUUAUACGCAGUGGAAACUAGCAAAAAGAAACAAUAAGGUACCACCCAUUACAAGCAGACCUGUGUCCAUGAAUGGAAACUCGCAAUCAGUUGCACCCUUUCACAAUCAGGUGGCUCAAAGCAUUCAAACUCCUGCAACACAAAUGCAGAACCCUACCGAUCAGCACCAGUACUCAGUAAGCUGCCCAAACCCAAAUUCCACUUAUCAUGCUAUGCCAUCCCACAUAGGAGCUUCUACUAGCCAACCUUUUCCCAAUCAAAUGGAGAACAUUUUGGAUCCCAUUGUACUCUCGCAGCUAGGAAGCUCAACAAAUCAGUCUCAUGAAACCCCCCACCGUACAUGGAAUACUGUACUGAUGAAUGAUUCACUUCAACAGGCUUACCAUUCGCAAGCAAGGAACAUGGAUGUCAUGUCCAGUGCUCAUUCCUCUAUCCUAAUGAACACAGCUACACAAGGCCAGGAGCCCAAUACCCGUCAUGAAGGAAUGGCCUAUUCUGCUCUUCAGCAUCAGAAUAAUCCCCCUGGUCAAUAUAUCCAGACCCAAACGGACACCCAACCAAUUGGAAAUCCGGCCAGAACGGGCCAUACCGGUGAUUCAUCUGCAGGUUCUUACAUUCAGCAACCAGAAAGCAAUUCUGUACCUGUGGUCAAGCACACCGAGUGUAUAAUAAAACUGGAGAGAAACCCAAGUUUAGAUUCGCCACCUCUACCACAAAAUGCAUCUCCUACAGUUGUGAAUUCUCAGAAGACUAAAGAUGACUCUGGUAGAUCCACACAAGACGGUGAAGUAAAGAAGCGUAAACGAAGCAACAGAACGAAGUGGCCCGCCAUAAUCAGAGAUGGGAAAUUCAUUUGCUGCCGGUGCUUUAGAGAGUUCCAGAGUCCUAAAUCUCUUGGAGGACAUCUGUCUAAACGUGCCAUCUGCAAACCCUAUGAUGAAACCGUCCUCAGUGCAGACCUUCCCACUUCAUUCCUUGAUCUUCUGAACUCCCCUCACCUCACAAAUUCUCCUCAGUCCUCACCUUCUCACAUGGAUUCCAACCAAGCUUGGCCUUCAGUGAGUAAAGGUCCUCUCGACCCAAAACUAUUUCCAAAUGUCACGUUUCUACACACUAAUGAUUCUGAAUAUGCCAACAAUAACAAUAAGCAGAGCAGUGAGACCCGUAAACAAGGUGAAGCAAAUCCCAUCGAGUCUGUUGGUGUAAUUCAGCAGACCUUCGCAGAAUCCUCCGUGUCUUACCCGCAAGAUGGACAAAGCAGUGUGAUUCAACACACAGGAAACAUUAAGGAAAAGAACAAUCAGAUAAAUCAAGUUCAUUAUACUCAGCCCCAGCCUGGCAAACCUUCUGUAAAUGAGAGUGCUCCCGAAGAUUCGCUUUUGUCUUGUUUGCUAGAUGAAGAUCGCUCUCACACAUUUAAUGAAGUUCCUACUGACCAUGUUGGAAGAAUCCUGCAGGCCAAAACACUAAAUAAGAUAAAGGAGAUCCAAGAAAAAUCUACAAUUACAAACACUACUGGAUUGUCCAAUGACGGGCUUCUGGCUGCAAUGGCUAGUCUGGCUCAAAAUCUUGUCUCUGAAAAGAGUGUCAAGGAAAAACUUCGUGAGCAGAUAUUAGCUGGAGAUUUCCACAAAAGAAACACUUCAGGACAAGGUCAAGGUUUUGAAAACGUACAUUUGCAAAGCUCUGCUGCUUCUAGUCCUGUGAUGAAUAUUCCUCAACAAACAUUAAAUGUAAUUCAGAUGACUCCUCAAAGAAAUGAACCUCCUGGAAAUAGUGCCGGACGUUCCUCAGAACAUGAUGUCCACAGAGUCGGUGUUGCCCCUGAUAAUACCUCCCCAGAAAUGUUCUUGGCAGGUGGUUCUAAUGACAGUGCAACACAUGAAAAUCUCACCAACCCACAAAUACAACAAGAGGAUGAAAUAACGGCUAUUCAGAGAGCCCUUGAAAGACUGGACUUGGAUAAAGAAAUCAGUGAAGAUGAGCAGUCCACCACGGACCUUACAGAAAACCCUGGAGCAUCCAGGACCCUAGAUUCAAACUCUGUUCUAGGGAAUAGAGGCUAUGGCUGUGACAUCGAUAAGUGUGGUUACAGAGCAAUGACGAAGGAUGCCCUGUUCAAACAUCUCAUCAGGCAGCAUAACUACACCGAUGACAUGCUGAACCAGUUCCGGAAAGAGCAGUUUAACCUUGCCCCUUUCACUUGUCAGCUCUGUCCUAAGACCUUCACCAGAAACUCAAACCUCAGAACCCAUUAUCAAACCAACCACAAUUACUCAAUGGAGCAGAUAGUGAGGAUGGGAAUCACACGUCCAUACAAUCGAAAAACCUUAGAGGGGGAUCAAAGCCCUUGUCCUACUGAUUCUUUGGUGCGAAAGGAAAUCUCAACUGGUGUACCUGUAAAAUCAGAAUACAACCAUCAUUUUGAACAGCAGCCACCCGCUUCUUAUUUUGGCUCUAGUAUGGACACCCUGCAGAGAUCAGAGGCAGCACCCCCUCAAAGUCAGACUGCAAUGCAACCGUCAGUAAUUAGGCAUGUCCCUUCUGCGAUCCCUACUCCAGACAUGGUGCAGGAUGGGCCAAGACUCUCUGUGCCCGGCCAGCCCACAUAUGCAAUGCCUACUGGAAGGGCAUUGCCUACAGGUGCACCACUUAUGGCACAGAAUCAAUCUUUUACUGUGCAGAUGGGUAAUCUUUUAGCAGAGAAGCCCAAACUUGGAAGACCUAAACUGCAGAAACCAAGAGAAAUGAUCAAAAAGCCCAAAGAAAAGAAGAUGGGUGUUGAUGAUGUUUUCAGCCCCUACCGACCUUACCGUUGUGUUCAUCAGGGCUGUGUGGCCGCCUUUACGAUUCAGCACAAUUUGAUUCUCCAUUACAAAGCAGUCCAUCAGUCUGCUCUUCCCAAAUUUGAUGCUAAUGAUGACGAGGAGCAUAUAGAGGAAGAGGAAAUUGAAAACAAUGAAGAAGAGGAUCUGCCCGAGGGAGAGGUCACUGAGGUGACAGAGUUGCGGUGUCAAGUCAAAGACUGCUCUCGAAUAUUUCAGGUCGUUACAGACCUGCUGCAGCAUUACCUUCAGCUACACAAGCUAAAAAUUCACAAAGCAGGUGCCAUGAUGUCCGGUCUGAAUUUGGGCAGGUUUCAAUGUGACCAGCCAAACUGUGAGGUCACCUUCACUGCUAUCUGGAAGUACAUCAGCCAUGUCGACAACGAUCAUAAAGAGAAAAAGGUCUCCAAAGUUCAGCCUAUCGAUGGAGUGUUCCAUUGUGAAGUCGAGGGUUGCAACCUCGGGUAUUCCACGCGGUCCAAUCUUCUGCGCCAUGUCAUGAAAAAGCACGAUGAACUUUACAAACUCGAACUACUGAAUGCAAAGCGCAGUGCAAAUGGUGUUAGGCUCGGUCGACCUCCCAAAAAUUAUACCUUCCUUGAGAAAGAGAAUAGAGAAGUUAAUAAGAAACCCGUGCCAAAGCCUGUUCAGAAGGGGGCUGAGAAAAAGAAAAAGGAGCAGAAGAACCACUGGACGAAAUACGGGAAGCCCAUUUUAAAAUCGCAGGAGGAGGCGUCUGCGAUGUGCACCAAGAAGUUCCCACUGCAGUACCCUUGCAUGAUUAAAGGCUGCGAGACUGUAACUGGGUCGGAACGGAAUCUGAUGAAGCAUUAUGUCCAGCACGGCCUGCCGAAACAGGACUUGGAGGAGCAGAGGAGCAAUUACAUAUUCUGCAAGAAAAUGCCUCGCUCAAAGUACAAACAUUUAGCAUCAAAGAGCGACGACUCGGACGAGAGCUCUUUUGAGGUGUCCGAGAACGAGGAUGCUGUGGACAGUGCGCCCAGCGAGUCCGAGUUGUCAAAACCGACGUCUGAAAAGGAGAGUACUGAGGAUACAGAAGUUUCGGAUGGCAAAUUAUUCACUGACGUAAGCUCUGAUAGCUCUGUAGUUGUCAAGCGAAAGAAAGGACGUCCACGCAAAGGGGAGCGAGUCCGAGAGAAACCUGUGGUACGCAAGAGAACAACGAGGUUAAGUGCUAUACAGAGUUUCUCUGAGAACUUCACAGAUAACUCUGAUACUUCUUCCAGUGCCACGUUGACACAACAUCAGCCCCCUGAGCAAGACCCCGUGCUGACCUCAUUUACGCCAAUGGGCUUUGAGAUGUCCUUUCUCAAAUUCCUGGAGGAAUCCAGGAAGUCCCCUGAAAAGAGGAAAGCGCCCGAAAAAGUGGACGUUGUUCCACGCAAGAAAAUCCUCCCGGUGCAACUAAAGACGGCCACUGUCGUGUGCAGCAGGAUCAAUCCUGAUAAGCACACCAGAGGAACGGUGAAAUAUGUGGAAUUUAAGAACCCGCAGAAACUAACCUCUCUGAGAAAUGUGACGUUCGAGGUGCAAAGAAGUUUAUCAAAUGUAUUCGAACAUUUGCUUAAGCAGCUCCAUGACAUGCGGCCCGCGGUGGUUAUUAAAAAAGAAAGUGUGAUUAAUAUUAAGGGGUAGUGCUGAGGCCCUGAGCGCAUGGUCAGUGAGCUGUUUAGAUGUAAAAUGAGAAGUGUAUGUUGGUCUUUGACCUUUAUGGUAUUUGUUGGCUGGCACCUGGUGGUUUUUAAAAGUCCUGUGUGUAUUAAACCUGUUUUGUAGUGAUGAACUUAAAGAGCAGAUAUUAAUGAUAUACCUCUAAAGCAUGCUCAUCCAUCUACAUGGGAAAAGUACUUUUAAAGCUAGAUUUUCAUUUCAGAGGCUCCUAUAGGACAAUGAAUUUGCCUCUGUACCAGUUGGACUGGAGAACCUGUAGUGCAGUGGUGACCUGUAGAUGGUGACCCGGUUUUAGUCGUCUUCAUCUUGUAUUAUAAAUUUAAAAUCGUCUAUAAUGUUGUGUAAUCUGUGUGGACAUACCUGACGUUCUGGAUAAAUUACUGCCACCAGCAGUCUGUACCCUAAACAACCAAGACCAAUUUAUUACAGCUUGCCUUUUUUUUUUUUAAUCUGUGUGGUUGUCCUUAUUUUAUAAACUGACUUGAUCGUGGUGCUGACUGAUUACUUUUUCUUGAAGCGUUUAUGUAAGAUUUAUAUUCCAGUUUUGCAACUGAACAGUGACCAUUAAUAAACACUACCAACAGUACUGGAGACGA